AUGGAGAAAUACAAAAAGAUAAAUUCGAAUCAUCAAAAAAAUGCCAAAUCAAAAAGUUUACCAGAAAAUAUAAUACCAGAGAUAUUUUUUGAUAAUAAUAUUGCUUGUAAUUCUGAUUUCGAGGAUUUAUCAACUGAAACGCAAGAAAUGAUAGACGAGUUAGAAAAAAAUGUUGUUGAAUUGGCCAAAUCACAAGAGCAGAUUAAUCAACUUUAUUUACCACGAGAAAUUGUCAGGUUAAACGAUGUUAUAAUUCCAGAAGAGGAAUGUGAAGCUGAUAAUUUUCUAAGUGAUGCUACAUCCGACUAUUCUUUGGACGAGGAUGAAAAUGAACCUCGAUCUACGGCCGAUGAAAAUAAUGAUAAUAAAGACGAGAUCAUCAAUAACAAAGAAUAUGCUAAAACUUGGAAGCCUUAUACAUCAAAUUCAUCCAAGACAAUUGAUAUAGGCAUUAAAUUAGAUGAUACUAAUUCAAUCAAGAAUUUCAAUAGUUAUAAUAGCAGAAGGCUUUAUUUUCAAAAAAAAAAAGUUAUUAAUUCAUUUGUUGAUAGUUUUAGUCUAAAAAAUGAAAAUGAAAAUAAAUUUAAUUUAGGUGAUAAAUCUUUUGAAAGUACUAAAACUGGCAGUUCUCAGAAAUUAGAUGAAAAACAAAAAUUAAAUAUUGAAACAAGCCCAAGAAGUCUUACUCUCAGUAUUAUGUCUAAUCAUGACAUUGAAAACGAAAUAGCAAAAAAUGAAGGAUAUAAUAUUGAUUCAAUAAUUUCCGGUAAAGUUUUACCAGAUAAAAUUCUAGUACAAAUUAUAUCAUUAGAUUUUAACAAACAGUUUGCAUCAAAUACAAAAACAAAGACUUCAAUUCGUCUUGUGAUUCAUUGCGUUACAUACCAAACAAAGCCAAGUGAAUCAAUUGGAGAUCAUUCACAAAAAAAAUUUCUUUUUCCUUUUGAUUGUCAUUCCUUAAUGUUUGAUAAUUUAAAAAUAGAUAUUUAUGAACAUGGAUUUUUAAAUGCCAAAAAAAAAAUUGGCCGUGGUAUUUUUAAAUUCAUUGGAUUAAAGCCAUUAAUUCCUAACAAAGAUGAGUUUAUUGUUAAAAUCCCUUUAGAAUCUAAUGGCCGUCAAGUUGCAACUGUUCAAAUUAGUAUAAAAUUUCAUUAUCCAAAUGAUCCCCCUCUCAUUUCAUCAACUUCCGAUACUCGAAAAACUCCCAUACGUUCAAAUACUGUACCUUUGAGAUCUACAACAAAUCAAAAUAGAGAUGCCACCAUGACAAAAGGGAUUUCUUCUGAAAUAGAUAAUGCAGAUGAUACCGAAUUUGCUAAUGUAGUGGUAUAUCCUGAGUCAAUGUCUCUUGGUAUUCUUGAUAUGGUACUAAGUAAAGAGACUAGAGAUGCAAUUAAAGAAAUAACUGUUUUAUAUAAUACCUUCUUUGAUCACGGUUGGAGAUUAAGCAAAUUGGAGUUCUUAAAAGCAUAUAUGCUAUUGGAAAAAUACUAUACUCAAAAACCUAGCCCUGUCACAGGUAAAAUCUGUCAUGAUAUCGAUAAAAUCCAGUUAGCUCAAAAAUAUUUAAAGUAUUCUAUGGCCUCUUAUGGCUCAUUCUUAUUUAAUUGGUUUGGAUAUGGUCAUAAUAUGGCCCCAAUAAAUCGAAAAGCUAUUCAAGAAUUUUUCGGCCUUGAUAAAGAUGAUAUUAUUUGUUGGGAAUACGGUCUAAAUACUGUUUCUGUUCCUAACUAUAUGAUAAUAAGAGAUCCAGAGACAAAUAAUCUUAUAAUAACAAUACGUGGAACAAUGAAUGUUACAGAUGUAAUAACAGAUGUACUGGCUCGUUAUGAAUCAUGGAAUGGCGGACUUGUUCACCGAGGUGUACUUCGUAGUGCUCAAUAUCUUGUCAAACGUUCACUUAAGAGUAUAAAAAAAGCUGUAAAAAAAUUUAAUUCGCGUGCUAUUCAAGUUAUAGGACAUUCAUUAGGUGCUUCAAUAUCUUCAAUAGUAACCCUUUUAUUGCAUGAGGAAUGUAAAAGUUUACUUGAAAAUGGUAUAGAAAUUCUUGCAUGGAAUUUUGCUACUGCUCCAUGUUGUUCACUAGAUUUGGCAAAAAAACCCGAAGCAAUGAAUUACAUUAAUAAUUUUAUUAAUGAAAAUGAUGUAAUUCCACGAUUAAGUUAUGGAAAUCUUAUGGAUUUUAAAGAAUUAGUCAAGUUUGCUGCGAGUGAAUUGAAAAAUGAAAACUAUAAAAAGUUCAAUUCUAGUGAAAAAUUAUCCAAAAUUCUCACCUCAAUUGACAAAUAUCGUACUUCUUUGAAAGCAAAAUCUUCUGAACAAAAAUUAUAUAUUCCGGGAACCAUUUAUUAUCUUUAUAAAGGCUUUCAUAGAACUCAUGUUAAAUCUUCAAUUGCAUUUUAUACAAAAGAUAUUGUAUGUGAGAUUUCCACGCCAAAUUUAUUUACAGAUAUCUGUCUAAAAAGAAAUUGGCUGUUCCAUCAUUUCCCUGAUAGAUAUGAUAAAAAAUUCCAAGGUGUAGUGAAAUUUUUGACAAGAAAAUUGAGUGAAAAUGAUAAAGGAGCUUCGAAAUUUUGGAAUAAAUGGAAAAGAAUGAAAGAAGCUGAAUACAUUGUUGAUGAAGGUGGUAGAAUGGAAAAAUGGAUGUCAAGGAGUGGUCAUAUCUAG